AUGUCUGAAGCAGCAGGAAGGAAACUGGCGUCGGUAGAUUUUGAAAUCUUCGGUCACGUUCAGGGAGUCUGUUUCAGAAUGUACACAGAGCAGGAGGGUCUGCGGCUGGGCCUGGUCGGCUGGGUGAAGAACACCCACAGUGGGACGGUGUUGGGACAAGUCCAGGGUCCUGCAGACCUGGUGGAGGAGAUGAAGGUGUGGCUGAGUAAAGAAGGAAGUCCGUCCAGUCGCAUCACCAGAGCUUCCUUCAGCAACCAGAGGUCCAUCGACAAGCUGGAGCUCUCCGGCUUCAACACUCGCUUCUGA